UACAACAUGGCGGCCGGAUCCUAACGCUCUCCAUCUAGGGACCACCGCGGAGGUCCUAGUUCGGGACCCUGCCUCAAAGGAGUGGAAGCUAGGGGCCACCCUUUCUGUCCCUUUCUUCUCCUUCCACUAUCGGCAAGGGGUUGUCGCCGGCUUCCGCAUCCAUGAUGAAGAACUACAAAGCAAUUGGCAAAAUAGGAGAGGGAACGUUUUCUGAAGUUAUGAAGAUGCAGAACCUGAGAGAUGGAAACUAUUAUGCAUGUAAACAGAUGAAACAGCACUUUGAAAGGGAGAAGACACCCAUUAUCAGAAAAAAAGAUUAUGCACUAUAUGUACCAGUUGUGUAAAUCCCUUGAUCACAUGCACAGAAAUGGAAUAUUUCACAGAGAUGUAAAACCAGAAAAUAUAUUAAUAAAGCAGGAUGUCCUGAAAUUAGGGGACUUCGGGUCCUGCCGGAGUAUCUAUUCUAAGCAGCCGUACACGGAAUACAUCUCCACCCGCUGGUACCGGGCCCCAGAGUGUCUUCUUACUGAUGGCUUCUACACCUACAAGAUGGACCUGUGGAGCGCGGGCUGCGUGCUCUACGAGAUGGCCAGCCUGCAGCCCCUCUUCCCCGGAGCCAACGAGCUGGACCAGAUCUCGAGGAUCCACGACGUCAUUGGCACGCCUGCUGGGAAGACCCUCACCAAGUUCAAACGGUCGAGAGCUAUGAGUUUUGAUUUUACUUUUAAAAAGGGAUCAGGAAUACCUCUCCUGACAGCCAGUUUGUCCCCGCAAUGCCUCUCCCUCCUGCACGCAAUGGUGGCCUAUGAUCCCGAUGAGAGAAUCACCGCCCACCAGGCCCUGCAGCACCCCUACUUCCAAGGGCAGAGGGCAGCUGAGAAGCAGGCUCCGGCCAGGGCCAGGAGGAAGGCCUCUGCUCUCUGCCCCGAGCGGCCGGUGGCACCGGAACUACUCAGUAACAACUGGCAGCUGGCACAGGAGGGCAGCAAGCAGAAACAGCCCCUAAAGCAAGAGGAGGACCAUCCCAGGAGACACGGACCAGCCCACGUGGUGGAACUGCCCAAGCUCAAGCUGUCGGGAGUGACCAAGCUGUCCUCGUACUCCAGCCCAGCGCUGCAGUCCGUGUUUGCCCCCGGAGCGACCCGGAAGGUCCCGGUGCUGAGACCCCUGAAGUGUGUUGGCCCAAACCAGAAGACAGACACACAGAAGGACAUCAAGCCUAACCUGAAACAGCACCGCCUGCCCACGGUAGAGCGGAGAGGUGGAGGCUACUGAGCGGCGCUGUGGCUCCCCUGCUCGGGGCGGCUCCCACCCGGCCGGGCACCAACGAGCGGGGCGGGGGCUCCGGGAGGGGCCCGGCAUCCCGGGAGAGCUGCCCCCAGACCAGCACCAGCACCUCGGCCUGCAGCCCACCGGCCCGAGGCUGCUUGCAUCCUAAAGGCAGCUGUACCGUAUGUUCCGGUCUAAUACCUUUGUAAAAUCGCCUCAUUCUAGGGUUUCGUUUCAUUUCCGUAACAUAAGAAUUUGGGGCAGGGAAUAUUUUGUAAUUUUUUGUAUGAAUCAAAACAGAAAUCAUACUUUGUUAUGGAUUAUUUAGGCCUGGUUUCACCGAGGGCUCUGCACACGGUGCCUUCUUUAGUCCAUCCAUCACCAGUAGUGUCGUAGCACGCUUGGCUUCCAGAUUAUACCAUUGGAGACCCCUGAUUUUUAUUAAACA